ACACUGCCCAGCAACAUUCUGGAGGAAACAUUCACGUUUUCCUGUCGUUGCUGCGUUGACCAGCCCGGAGCCUUCGAAUUUCAUCUUGUUAAUUGUCUACUCUACAGUAUUAUUAAUCGUACUUUAGUUUUCAUUUAUUUCAGCAAUUAAUUCAAGUGGGAAAGAUAAUGGGGAGAAGUAGGAGCCGUUCUCCGCCGAGACGAGAGAGGCGCCGUUCUCGCUCAACGUCCCGGGACCGCGAGACUAGAAGACGCAGGGAGAGGGAGCGCUCCAGGUCUCGGGACAGGGACAGGCGACGCAGCCGUUCACGCUCUCCUCAUCGGCGACGUUCCAGGUCUCCUCGUCGUCUCCGCUCUACAUCCAGCUCUCCCUCGAGGCAGAAGGAGGAUUCAAAGGAGAGAACUGUAAAGGAGCAUCAGAUUUCUGAGGAAGACAUGAAGGACAAAACUGAAGAUGAGAUUGAGAUGAUGAAAAUCAUGGGAUUUGGCUCCUUCGACACCACCAAGGGGAAAAAGACUGAUGGAGCAGUGAAUGCCCAUGCUAUCAAUGUGUCCCAGAAGAGGAAGUAUAGACAGUACAUGAACAGAAAAGGUGGAUUCAAUAGACCACUGGACUUUAUUGCAUGAAGCUGGAAAGACUCAAGAUCCUGUGGUGUGUAGACUUUGACAUGCUUGGUUUUGUGGAUGUUUUCCUUUUGUUGUGGUUCACUUUCUUCAUUUAUUGGUUCAACACAAAUUCUACACAAAAUUAUGUAAAUACUGAAAACAUUGGAGCCAUGUGGACACCGUGUGUGGGUUUCUGAUUGGAGCAUGUGCAUUUUUAUUUCAAUAAACGUCUUUUAAAACGACA